CACUGCAUUCAGCUCGGCUUCUAACAGGCUGUACCGCCUGCCAGAGCACAAGCCUGGUAAUGUCUCACACGCCAGCCUCAACAGGUCAAAGUCGGUUCAGGCUGCUCAAGAGAUACCUAACAUCAAUGAGAACAUUGGCCAUGAAACUUGUCCUUUUAUUUGCAUCUCACGCUAAGCUAAUCGUGUGCAACCCCGAACAGCCUGCUUCCGAACGUCCUCCAAUUCCGGUGCCUAUCACUCACCCAUUCGCCGCCCUCAACAUAGGCCGCGCCGCAGACUACACACCAUUCCUCUCCCCAAUUAUCGUCAGACACUACAGCAAUUCCACCUAUGCCCCAGAGACCCUUGGCGCGAAGCCCAAGCCUGCAGCACUUAAAAGUCUCUUCUUCAUACAACACUUUGAGCCCGCCCAGCUCCGGGACUUUGAUUCGUCUGGUGUCGUGGAUGUGGAAUCUAAGCGUGUGGCUACGAAACGCGAAGAAGGACACGGCGUUGAAGCUCAUCAAGCGCGUUCCUGA